AUGGACUAUUACACGCCCCAGUCAAACCGUCGGCACAACCCCGUGGACAGCAUCUGCCGCAAACUGCAGACCAUUCAGUGGCGCGGUGACCGAGAGCCUAAUUCACCUUUCCAGAUUCCCAAGCUUUCCUCGAGCAACUACGACAGCCCCCAGUGUGGCCUCAGGCACAACCUGGAAGCCAUCCUGAAGAAAGGGGCCUUCCACAGAGACGAGCAGGAGAGGGAGAGGGGGAAAGAGAGGGUGAAGGAGAAGGACAAGGGGAGAGGGAUGGGGAUGCCGAGCUCUGCAGCUUCCCAGAGGAGCAGCCUGGGUCCCUCUGUCCCUCUCUCCACCCCUUCCACCCCUGCAUGUAUCCCUUCUACACCAGCGAACAUUACAUACACUAUCACAAGCACCCUGGGAGAGAGGAGAGGUGCAGAUGGGAGCGAUUUAAGACAAGUUAAGACAUGGCAGAGGUAUUGUUCGACACCCACAGGCCAGUCCAAGGACUCCCCUUACUUUACAUUCACACGAGGACCUCAGUCGGUGCAGCCUGAGAGCGAGAGGCAGAGCAGGAGCCCACCUCUGUCUCGUACCUUCACCCCGAGUCGCAGCACCCUCUCCUACAACCUCAACUUCUGCUCCGCGGACACAACAAACCUGACGGAGUGCGAGCCAACCUACCCUGCACUGGUUGUGAAAAGGCUGUCAAUGGGAGAUGGAGGAACCCCAGUGGCCUCUGAAAACAGGAAGGGGAAUAUGGCAGAAAUCAGCCUCAUAUGUGAGGAGAAUCUGCUUGAUACCAUCUUCCAUGCCUGUGACACCCAGCGUCGAGGUAAAGUUUACGUGUCUCACAUUGUGGACUACCUGAGGCAUACCACCAGUCGCAGCUCAGAGGACAGUGGACUGGAGGAGCUUUGCAACAUGCUGGAUCCGGAGCACAAGGAUGUCUCCAUUGACCUGGACACCUACCAUGCCGUCAUGAGGGAGUGGAUCGAUGACUGCCGCAACAACGGGGAAGAGCCAACAGAUGACAAUUCUCAAGACUCAGUCAAACUCAGAGACAGCCUGUCUGCCAAGAGGUCCAUGCUGCUCAAUAUGACCUCAGGAAGCUUGGAGGCCUUCGGAGGGGAGGCAUCCAGAGCAGAAUUUGAAACGUCAGAGCUGGUGUAUUGCGUUGCUGACCUGCAGAUGAGUAACCAGAAGCUCCAGGAGGAGGUGAGGAAGCUGAAGCAGGUGGUGGAAGGCAUGGAGGACAGCAACCAGAAGCUGGCAGAGGAGAAUGAGGAUCUACGCAACCAGGCCAGGGUUAACCAGCAGCUGGCCCAGAAGGAGAAGAUGCUGAAGGAGGAGGUGGAGGAGAUGAAGGCAACUCUGAGCUGUACAGAGGAAGGCAGAGCCCGAGCCUCUGCACACAGCAAACAUGUGGAGAGAGAAAACCAGAGUCUCAUUGCCAAGAUUGCUUCUCUUCAGGAAGAGAACUUCAAGGUCACCAUGGAGACAGACGAGCUUCAGAGGAGAAUAGCAGAGCUGUGUGACAUUAACGCUGACCUUCAGGUGCAAAUUCACUCAUUUGAUGCUGUCGUUAGUGAAAAGGAAGCUGUGAUACAUGAGAAGAGCAGACAGAUAGAUGAGCUGAAGGCGGCGGUGGAGGAAUACUCCUCCAUCACAGAGCUGCUGAGGGCAGACAAGAACAAGCUGGAGAACCAGAUGCAGAUGAUGCAUCCAGACCUGGCUGGGGCUGGUCUGUCCUUAUCAGUGGCCUACAGGUUGAACCAGAGCAGCUCAGGAUCCCUGCAGACAGAACUGGCUCUGGCACAGUCACCACUGGAGGUUGCACAUGGAGUCGACCAUUUGUCCACUACUAUGAGCUUGGCCUCUCCGCUCGAUGAGACGCUGGACAGGGAGGUGCUGCUGAUGCUGCAGGGACCCAGUCCUGAACACAUGGCCCUGGAGUUCAAGAGCCUUCUAAACAAACUGAAAAGGGACUUCAGGAACGAAACCGAGUCUGUCUUAUCCACAGUUAGAGGAUUGUUGGAUGACCACACACAGCCAAGGGGCAACACAGACACCAGUCUUCAGACGGUGCAGGCCGAGCUGGACUCGAGGAGGGCGGACUGGGCCCUCAGCCUGGACCAGCUGGCCCAAUACACAGACUCCCUGGAGAAGGAGCUGAUCAAAAUGGCCAGUAACAUGAGGAGGUCCCGUACCGAGAUCCUCCACCUCUCAGUCAGGGUGCAGGAGCAGGAGAACCAGAAGCGGCAGCUGUGCGAGGAGCUGGAGCAGCUGAAGACACCCCAGGACAGCAGAGAGGCCUCAUGCCAGACACCUGCACCAGAGGAAGAGCCUGGAGAUGGAGACUUGGACUGGGAUGAGGAGUUCGCCCUCCAAGACUUCCUGAAGAACGAGCUAGCGGAGAGGAAUUGCCGGGUGCCGGACGGCCGAGCAGACAGUAGACCUGAGGAUACCGUGGAUAAAUUAACAGACAGAGGUGAAGAGGAAGGGGAGGAGAGGUGGAUGGUGGUGGAUACACCGGGAGAGGGAGAAGUCAGGGACACGUCGACUCCUUUGUCUGCCCUCUCUGGGGACGCCCAGCCUGGGCAGGGCGCAGUGGGACACAAUCAAGACGCUGCAGCCUGCACUGAGUCAGAGCCAGAGAUGAACUGUCAACCUGUGCAGGAAGAGGCAGCAGUGCUUUUGAGCGCCCACUCACAAGCUGUCAGCAUUAGACAACCAGAGGCGGAUGCUCUCCCUGAUCCAUCCCACUCAGAGAACAAUGCAGAAGUCUCUGGGGCUGCAGGGUCUCACUCUGAGGGUCCAUCCCAAAGUUUGAGCAGCUCACCUGGACAGGAUCAAACGGUCACACCUGGCGACACCCCUCCCACGGCAGCCGAGGUGGUUUCUCCUGACAGCACAUCACCUGGACCAGAUGAGACCAUUACCCAGAGAGAGAGCACCCAGCCGACCAGUGAGGACCACAGGGGUGCAGAGGAGAAAGACGGCGCGGUGGACUCGAGCACGGGAGACAUGAGCCGUAUUAAGAGCCUGAGCCAGGACCAGUUGGCAGACAGAUCAGCAGCGGAGGACAGCACGAGCCUGCUACCUGUGUUGGUGGAAGAGGAGGAGAGUGUGCAGGACAGUGCCGCCGAGGCUCCGACAGAAGCGGGCAGCAUGGCAGGGACAGACCGGCUCAAUAGCAGCAGAGCGACAACCUUGUCUACCAGCAGCUCUCCUCAGUCUGGAUCAUCCCUCACGCGCCACAGCCAAUCAGGGAGUGGCAUGGGCAGCGUGACCUCUGACCCCAGCCAAUCGACAGAUAAUGUGGCCAAAAAGGACUGUGGCAAAAAUAAGAGGGAACUGGAGCUGUCGCGCAGCAUGGAGGCCAUCGAGGAGCACAAGGUUCAAGACGACCAAAGCGAGACCAGCAUGACCAAUGGGAGGGAAUCGUCAGUGAUGUCUGACAACAGUGACAGCUUUAAAGAGGACAGGAACAGCCUGUUACCUAGUGACAAGGAGAUUGAGGCAGAGUUCCAGCGUCUGGCGCUGGGCUUCAAGUGUGACAUGUUCACCCUGGAGAAGAGACUCAGGUUGGAGGAGAGGUCACGUGACCUGGCUGAGGAGAAUGUCCGCAGGGAGGUGUCCAGCUGCCAGGGCUUACUGCAGGCCUUGAUUCCUCUGUGUGAUGAUGACAGUCAGUCCAUGGAGAUCAUCCAGAGACUCCAGAAGAACUUAGAUAUCCUCAUCCAGUCCAUGACCAGGGUGUCCAGUCGCUCUGAGAUGCUGGGGGCUAUUCACCAGGAGAGUCGCAUUGGGAAGGCUGUGGAGGUGAUGAUCCAGCACGUGGAGAACCUGAGGAGGAUGUACACCAAGGAGCACGCUGAGCUGCUGGAGCUGAGGGAGACACUCAUGCAGAACGAGAGGUCGUUUGGAUCACAAACAGAAAGAGAUGACUUCCGUGGCAAGAAGCAAACAUCACAGUACUACAAGUCGUCAGCCCGGCGGGUCAGCAUAGCAGCGAUCCCCCGCUCCGGUGGAGGAAACAUGCACUUUGAUAUGGCCAAGACACAAGACGGCUCAGAGGCUGAAACAGAGAGACUGACCAGGCGAUCCCCGUGGAAUGUGGCAGGGAAGAGCACGGCGCGCCCCCCACUAAAGCGCUUUGUUAGCUCUGCGGCCUGGGUUGACACUGAAGAGCCCUCUCUCAUGAUGAAGGGGACGGCCUGCGACAGCACCAACUGCCAGUCGGAGGACGAGCAGAAGGCGGAGCCGCUGGCAGAGAGGAGGAGGUCCAGUCUCAGUGAGCUGGGCAACAAACUCACCUCCCUCAUUCUGCCCCUCAAGACGAGUCAGGAUGAACUGUUUGUAAUGCUUCCGAGCCCUUCCUCCAGUCCCACGUCUACAGACCCAGGAAUGUCCCAGUCUCUGCCCCACAGCCUGACCUCUUCCCGGGCAGCUGCAGCAGCAGCCGUAGCCAGAGGCAGCAGGGGGCUCUGGCUUUGGUUGGCCAUGGUGGUGGUGCUGGCAGGUCUCCUGGCUCUGUUGGCCAGCCUGGUGAUGCAGCCAGCCGUAGAUGCCGCCCCAGUGGGGACUGGGGACUCCUGGAUGACCAUCCAGCAGCUGCUGUGGCCCUACACAGGGCUCCGCCACAAUGGGCAGCCCCCCGUCUAGCCCCUGAGAACCGGGGUGGAUGGUGCAAUCGCCCAUCGGCCUUCUUCAGAGAUUUUCUGUUCACUGGGGUGGUGAUGAAGAAAGGACAGUGCACCACUCCUGAGCAGAAGCUAUUUGGAUGUUUAUUGGUGCCUGAAGAAUCCUAAAAUAAGACUCUUUUUGACAGCACUGGCCAGUCCUCAGGGGAUAGUUAACCCUAUGGAGGAUUUUAUACGUCACAUCACGUUUGCUAAAUUAGUUAGUCUGUGUGUGCGAAUGCGUGUGUCUGUGUUUUAAGAGAAGAAGAAGUUACAGGUGGUGCAAUUUUACUAUCAGUGCUGCUGGCAACUGUCUACCUGGACCCGACGCAAUAUGUCAAAUCAGGCUUGAUCAGUCAUCAGAGCUGACAGAACGCUGACCAAUCAGGUCACGGCUUAAGCAGAACAAUAGCACUGAUCUACCAAGUCAUUCAAUGGGCCGCAGCGCAGUUUUCCAUUGACAAACAUCAUGGACAAUGGCUCCUAUUGUGCCAUGUGGCUCUUUGAACACAUUUCAUGCACUUGAGGAUGCAGGAUGACUGUCAGCCUUUUAAAUGGAAUUUUUCAUUCCUUUCAUUUAUUUCUUUUAAGUCUAUAAACACUGGUAAUAAAACUUCGAUUUCAAGUGUUUUUUUUUAAGUGUUUUCAAAAUCUAUAUUUAUGAGUUUAUUAGUCUUGAGUGGGGAAAUGUUUAUAUCUGUUUAUUUUUGUUAAGACUGUAACAAGGUAGAAUUAUAACUUAACACCAAAGGUUUUUUUUUUGUUUUUUUUUAAUUUUCCUCUAAGUUCUUGCUGUGGUGGUCACCGUUUUCAACUUCA